AUGCGAAUUGUUUGAUUGUUCUACCCCUGUUCCCACUCUCCCUACCCUCCCCGUAAUCUGUGACCACCGGGACCUCUCAAGUACCAUAUCAGUUCACACUGAUGUCGAUGGAACAGGACACCGGGGCACUGCCACGACGCAGUGCCAGGCUUGCAGUUCGUACCCGCCCUGUGGUACCUCCGAGAACCAAGCAGCGACUCAGCAAGCGGAAGACUCCAGCAGCAUCAAGUACAGCAUUCACAGUACCAGUUACCACCGGGGUUCUUCCCACAUGCCCGGUCCAAGGGGCCGGUGAGCCGUUGGCAGAUUACCUUCAGCGGGUACAGGCAUUCACAGAUGCCGUAGCCACCGCAAAGGCACAGGAGGAGGCAGCAGAGGCGGAACGUCAGCGGCUGGCCAGUGAGGCGGCAGCCCAAGCUCAGCGGACUGCUGAGGCUGACGCCGAGGUGCGAGAUAAGCGGAACGCCAUUUGCAUGGAGUCCUUGACUAUGAAUGAGAGUCAGUGGACGACAUUGCUCCAAGGCAUGCUCUUUGUGCCUUCGGAUACACAGGCGGAUCCAACACCGGCGGAGGAAGAGAGGAACAACCUGGCUAACCUGAUGUUGAACAUGAUGCGAGCGAUCAUGUGGAACAGUACGAUGUUACUGGUGCAAAUACGCGAGGGCAGACAGCUGCGACAGAUUCAACAGAAUGAUUCUGCAGCCUUAACAGCUGCUGUUCGCGCUGCCGCCACACAUCAGCAACAACAGCAACAGCUGUUGAGCACCACCACCGCACACGUCAACAACAUCGAGGCUAAGGCCUCAGCAGCGCCAGGCGGCAUGACAGACGAGACGAAGCAGCUCAACGAGUGGAUCGAUCACGUCGUCACGAUCAUCGGCGAACUCAGUGAUUUCACCGGUCCGGCUACGAUCAGCAGCACGGUGGCCGCCAUCAAGACGGACAUCACCAAGCUGCAGUCGCAACCGGCAGCAGCUGCGAAGGCAUACAAGAUGCCUCGGUUCAAUAUCGGCAAGUUUGAGGACUACAACAAGACCGACGCUUUGACAUGCCAAGCCUUUAUGGCCCGCGCAGGUCUUGGCCCGCGCGUUCGAAGGAUGACGCAACCUACGCAAGUUACGCUCGCGGACGGCCGCACGCAAAAGUCAAUUGACCGACGCGUCGACGGCGUUCCGGUAUACUUUGCGCCACUUGCGUGCGAGCCGGUGUCUUUUGACAUCCUCGACACCAAGUUCGACAUGAUUCUAGGCAUGUCUUGGUUGCGUAGCGCCGAUCAUCCGGUGAACUUUCAUGACCGAACCGUUCACAUCCGUGAUCGGAACGGAGAGUUAGUCCCAUGUACGAUCGCGACCCCUCACACUUCGAUUGCUUGUCAUGUGGUUUCCGUUGCGAGAAUUCGCGACGCCAUAGCUCGAAAUGACGUCGAGGAGAUGGGCCUUGUAUUCUUGCACGCCCUCCCCUCGCCGGACGGACCAGCCACGUCACCGCCGGACCCACGCAUCACUCACCUCUUGGACGAGUAUGGAGACGUCUUCGAGGCUCCCACCGGAACGGUUCCGGAUCGGCCCAUACGUCACGGGAUCACUCUCGAGGUUGGCGCCGUCCUUCCGCAUGAAUGUAUCUACCGCAUGAGCGAAGAGGAACUCGAGGUGCUUCGCGCAAAACUCGAUGACCUUCUCGACAAGGGCUGGAUUCGCCCUAGUUGUUCGCCCUACGGUGCCCCUGUUCUCUUCGUCUGGAAGAAGAACAAAGAUCCACAAUUAUGCAUCGAUUAUCGCAAACUUAACGCACAAACCGUAAAGAACGCCGGCCCUCUCCCUCGGAUUGAUGAUCUUCUUGAGCGGUUAGGCGGCGCGACGUACUUCUCGAAGUUGGACUUGACGUCAGGUUACCACCAGAUUGAAAUCCAGCCUCAAGACCGGUACAAGACCGCGUUCAAGACGCGGUACAGGCAUUUUGAGUGGGUUGUCAUGCCAUUUGGCCUCACCAAUGCCCCCGCGACUUUCCAAGCAGCGAUGACGACUGAGUUUCGCGACUUGCUCGAUCGCAGCGUCCUCAUCUACCUCGAUGACAUCUUGGUUUAUAGUCCGACGUUGGACGAGCACAUCGUACACCUUCGCGUUGUUCUGGAUCGUUUGCGACUAGCCAGGUACAAAGCGAAUCUUGACAAGUGCGAGUUCGCCAAGCAAGAGCUUGAGUACUUGGGUGGUUUAGCAGCAACUAGUGGUCCGGUUCAAAGAGUCUCAGCCGUACCAUCCACGACAGUGGUAACUACAGUCCCACUGUCAAGCCAGGCCCACGUUAGUGUGCAACAGCCUGUUUCAGUGGCUAUGCAGCCGCUGCAGCAAGCCCCUGGGCCCAUGCAGCCUAUGCAGUGGAUNCAGCCUGUUUCAGUGGCUAUGCAGCCGCUGCAGCAAGCCCCUGGGCCCAUGCAGCCUAUGCAGUGGAUGCCCAAGAUACCUCUGAUGAGUCCCAAGCCUUUCUCUGGAGAUAGGAAGGAGGAGGAAGACUUGGACACCUGGGUGAGGACUGUGCCUACUUAUGUGAGGCACAAGCUCACAAGGCCAGAGCAGGAAGUUGUAGUGGCUGCCUCCUUUUUAGAGGGAUCAGCAGCUCGCUGGUUGAAUGGCUUAGUGCAGCAGCAGGGCUACGGUCAGGAUUUCAAUGCCUGGGCUCAGGCUCAGACAUUGGAACAGUUCGUACGGUCUGUCUACAACAAGUGGCAUGACCCGGAAGGGGCUCAAAAGGCCACCGAUGCUAUCAACAACCUUUGUUCCCGCAGGUUCAAGGAUGUUAGAGAGCUUACGGACACCGUAGAACGCCUUCUCGUGACCAGCAGGUACGGUCUGUACGAGUUUGUGGUGAUGCCUUUUGGCCUAUGCAAUGCGCCUGGUACGUUCCAGCACGCGAUGAACCGGAUAUUUCAUGAGUACUUGGACAAGUUUAUCGUCGUGUACCUCGACGAUAUUCUUAUCUUCAGUAGGACUAUAGAGGAGCACGCGGAGCACAUGAAAAUAGUGCUAGGUCUCCUCAGACAGCACCAGUACAAGGUAAACUUGGAUAAAUGCGAGUUUGGUCGCACCAAGAUCUUGUACUUGGGUCAUGAAAUUUCAGCAGAUGGGUUGAGGUCGGAAGAUGCGAAGGUGGCCAGCAUACGUGACUGGCCCAAACCUCAGACUGUUACUGAGGUCAAAUUGUUUUUGGGGAUGACGGGCUAUUAUCGCCCGUUUGUAAAGAACUAUAGUACUAUAGCUUCCCCAUUAACGGAUCUAACUCGACUUGACACCCCUUGGGAGUGGACUGAAGAGUGUGAGGCAAGCUUCAAGAAAUUGAAGUAUGCUCUGACACACUAUGAAGUUCUCAAACUUCCGGAUCCUGACAAGCCAUUUGUCGUGACCACAGACGCUAGCCAAUAUGGCAUAGGCGCGGUCUUUGUGCAACAGGAAAGGCCCAAGUUGAGACCGAUCGAGUACAUGAGUAAAAAUAUGCCUUCUCAAAAGUUAGCUAAGUCCACUUAUGAGAGAGAGCUCUACGCCCUAUACCGAGCGGUAGUUCAUUGGAGACACUACCUCCUAAGAAGAUUCUUCUAUGUGAGGUCUGACCAUGAAACUUUGCGCUGGAUUAAGACACAGCCUGUGUUGUCAGACGCACUCAAGAGAUGGAUUCAAGUGAUAGACAUGUAUGACUAUCAACUUGAUCCUAUCAAGGGUACGUACAACAAGGUGGCUGAUGCGCUAUCAAGAACGGCAGAUUAUCUGGGGGCACUAGUAACAAAGUUUGGCAUAUCUAGCGAUUUGACUUGAUCAUUGGUGGAUGCCUAUCAGCAAGAUCCAGUUAUGUUCGAGAUCAUUCGUAGAUUCAAGGCAAAGGAUAAAAAGACUUUGGACGA